UUUUUUGUGAUUUAUUUUUGAUAUUGGAUGUAUAAUGCAUUUCUGGAUAUGGCAUCGCAUCGAUAAAAACUACAUCGGAACGUCAAUAACAAAAGACUUUCCUUGUAGCUCAAACGAUUAUAAAAAAGAAAAUUCAUUAUUAUCGCUAUAUUAAUAUUUAUCAUCGAUCAUUUAUAAAUUUUCGGCCUUGUACAAAAAAAGUAAUGAUUUAUAUUUAUAUUUCUAUAAAAUAGGCAUACGGUAUAAAUACCUUUGUUUAUAUUAAUAAAUCUCGUGCAUGCGUGAAUAUUUUUUUAAAAUUGUCGAAAAAGUAAGUAAGUAGUAAUAAAUAAUAAUCAUUUUGAACUUUUACCAAAAGAAACUGGAACAGUAGAACAAUCCAUCGACCAAUAGGCUAGCGGUAUUGCAUGGUGAAUAACCUAACCUAUAGGUCAGGUGACCUCGUUCCUCCCACUUAUUCGUCCGUUCCUGUUCCUUUUAGCUGUUCCAAGGACCCGAAGAUUGCGAUUAAAACUAUCAACAUAAUUCUCGGUUCAAUUCUUCAUCUGAAGUUUACUUCUUUCAGCGUUAUUGGCAAAACAUCCCUUAUCCAAACACCGAAGCAUCAAAAUACAAAAGUGAGCUAUAAGCAUUCUCAUAAUUUCACGUCCUUCGCACAGUUAAAAUUGCAUAUCCGGAAUUCGCGACCGCAAAUACUUACCCAUUCGGAUUCCUUGACCUCAUCGUUCAGCCGACCGGCGGCGACCGACACUGGUGCAUGUAAAACCUCAAAUAAAUAAUAAUACACAUCGCGGCUAUAGCCAAGCUCGCGCGCGUCUCUUUUAGCACCGCUUUGACCUGCGCGACGAGAGAGAAAGAGAAGGAACGAGUUGUCGACGAGGAGAAAGAGAGACGAUCGUGUGCUGAGGACACGUCAGAAUAAUGCAGAGCCCCGGAUGAAAUCAGAGCGAGUUUUAUAAUGGAAAAACGAAAAUCCCUCGGCAUUCCAGCGCACGAUCGAAAGCGCAUCUCGCUGGAAAUGCGUGGGGAGAGCACAGCACGCAGUAGCAGUCAGCUGUUACAGGCCGUUUAUACGCUUUUAUCGUGCUCUGCAGCGUGUGAAUGCGCGCAUCGAAAGAGAAGAGAGAGAGAGAGAGAGAGGGAGAGAGACGUCCGUCGCAGCGCUCUGCUGGAAAAGAUAUAUAAAGAGAGCGAGCGACCGCCCGCAUUAAAGAGGAGGAGGGGGGGGGGCAGUGCGAGCGAGACGGAGCUAGACUGCGAGCAGCGCUGGCAUCGAGAUUCGAGAUCAGAGCUGCUGCGCUGCUGCUGCUGCUGCAAUAAGAAGUGAAAAAAAGAGGGGAGGGAGGCUACGGUGUUCCUUCUUAACCAACAAAGCAAGCAAUUUACGGGCGUUCUCGCUUCUCUUUGCGUGUCUCGUAUCGUGUGCGCGGCGUUGAUUCUCUUCUUUUCCACGCGAAAGAUUCGCGAGUCUCGCUUUCAAUUCUGCGCGGCGUAUAUCUCCUGCACUUAUACGCUUCGCAUACGCGUAUCACAAGUGUGUACACGCAGUAUAUACAUAUAUAUAUAUAUACACUAUAUAGAUAUAUACACAUAUACACGCGCAGCAAACGCAGCUCUCGGAGUCAGUGGCUUUCUGCUCUGCCGUACAGGAGUGCACUAGUGUACUGCUCUCCCGUAAUCAGCCAGCCAAGGAGACCUGGAAGUUUCUCUCUCUCUCUCUUUCUCGCGUUCGCUCUCUGGAAAAGCAUCGCGCAGCAGCACGUUACAUACAAAGUGACUCAUCCCCUCGAGCGCUUUAAUGUGAUUCACGAAGAGAAGAAGAGAGAGAGAGAGAAAGAGAGAUAACGGCGAGAACGUCAACUGCGCUACGACGAUCGAGGCGACGACUACAACGACGGAGGUGUGCUGCUGUUUAGUAUCAUCGCACUGCUGCUGGGCUCUUGUCAACCUGCUUUCAUAGUGUGCCGCGACACAUUUCGUAACCCGCGAGAAAUUAGUCAGAUUGCGCAAAUUGUAUUUUGGUGUACUUGUCUCUGUGAGGCAAGUAUGACAGUUUGGUGAAUCGUUUAGGGUCAAAGAAUGUUUAAAGACGCUGAGGCUGGAUCAGGAGGAUGCAGUGGCAUAACUUCCAGGCCUCGGAGACUAAUUCCACGAUUUUCAUUGAGGAGGCUCCUUUACACAAGCCCCUUGAUAGGUCGACGAAUCUCCAGACCUUCAUCAUCGUCAGGCAGCAGAAAUGCAAAAGCCAAAGAUGCGCCAAACAAAUUGCCAGAAAUCGAAAAAGGUGAGGCCAAAGCUAACAAUGGCCCCAGCCAUUCUCAGUACCACAAUGUGGAUUUACAAAGAGCUUCCAGCAGAGGAUCAGUUUUGUCGACUGCAGGAAAGAGCACUGAAAAUGGAAUAACAGAAUGUCCUCUGUGUUUAGCAGAACUUCCAAUAGAGUUGUUUCCUGUAAUACAAUCAUGUCAUCAUCGCAGUUGUUAUGAUUGUUUUCAACAAUACCUUAGAGUUGAAAUAUCUGAAUCUAGAGUUAAUAUAGCUUGCCCUGAGUGUUCGGAACCUUUACAUCCAAAUGAUAUCCGUAUGAUUCUAAAUGACCAAGUUCAGCUUGAAAAGUAUGAAGAUUUCAUGGUUAGGAGAGUUCUUGCAGUGGAACCAGAUGCAAGAUGGUGUCCGGCGCCAGAUUGCAGUUUUGCCGUUAUUGCCGCAGGAUGUGCCUCGUGUCCGAAACUACGAUGCGAACGACCUGGUUGUGAUUCUUAUUUCUGCUAUCACUGCAAAGCACGGUGGCAUCCUAACCAGACCUGUGAUGCAGCUAGAGCUCAACGCUCACAAUAUUACGAACGAAGUUCAUCUCUGAGUUUCAGCCAAAGUGAUUCUCAACACAGGGAUGAUAUCAAACCAUGUCCACGAUGUCAAGUGCUUAUUUUCAAAAUGGAUGAUGGUAGCUGCAACCAUAUGACUUGUGCCAUGUGUGCUGCAGAAUUUUGCUGGCUCUGUAUGAAAGAAAUAAGCGAUCUUCAUUAUCUGAGUCCGUCCGGAUGCACGUUUUGGGGCAAAAAACCAUGGUCCCGCAAAAAGAAGAUUCUUUGGCAGCUCGGUACGCUGGUAGGCGCUCCGGUCGGCAUUGGCCUUGUAGCUGGCAUUGCCGUACCUGCCAUGAUAAUAGGCAUUCCGGUUUGGGUCGGGCGAAAAUUGUACAGGAGAUACCAGAAAGCCAAUAAACAUAAAAGAAAUGCUUUUGUAGCUGGUGGAGUCACCGCAUCGAUUCUGGUGUCACCGGUCUUGGCGGGCCUGGCCGUGGGUAUAGGAGUGCCAAUUUUAUUGUUCUACGUUUACGGCGUGGUACCGGUCUCGCUGUGCCGCAGCGGCGGCUGUGGCGUAUCCACCAAUGGAUCAGGAGUCAGGUUCGAGUUUGACGACGAGAACGAGCUGAUGGGCGCACUCGGUAGCAGGAACACCGGAGAUGCGGCCUCCAUAGACGUGGCGAGCCAUCGAGGCGGAAAUCCAUCAAUAGGGGAGGCCUCUCUGUCGCUCGGCAGCGGCAGCCAGCUGGAAAAGCUGGGACGCGAGAACGACCGCGAGAGCGCGAGCAAUGUCGCCCUCGCCGGCACGAGCCUCGCAGGAAGCAUUGCAUCCAGCGUUCUUCCCGGAGGCCAGAGGUUGGAGGUCCAGGCGGACGUGACGUCGACGCAGCGCUUCAGCCUGUGCAGCGAGACGGCCUCGGCGGCGACGAGCCUCUCGGAGAAGUCGGUGAACGCCUCGAUCGCCCCGGACGACGGAACGGCCUCGACGCGCGCCCUCGCCGACUCCGUGCUCAACAUGAAGCUCGACGCGCCUAGCAGCGAGGCGACCACCGCCGCAACGCAGCAGCAGCAGCAACAGAUGGACUCAUCCUCGGGCCAGGCGGCAUCGCUUAGUUCACUCGAAGAAAUGACGCCCUGCAACGUGGCCAAGCGCACGAGGCGCCGACCCGCUGACAAACAACCGCAGCAGCAGCAGCAGCAGCAGCAACAGCAGCAGCAACAGCAGCAGCAGCAAACGGGCAGUGACUCGAGCAGCAGCUGGACGGCCGAGGACGGCGGUAGCGAGAGGGUCAGAUUCGACCACCACGUGAGCUUCAUCGAGACGGAUCAGGAACAGGCGGCCGCCAGAGGACACUCCAGACGCAAGCGCAGCAAGGAUGUAGAGCAGGACGUCGUCGCCGACGCCCAGAGAUCACUGAGGUUCCUACGACGUCUUUUCUCGCGAUAAUCGCCCGCGCGAGCGGGCUCUCGUGCUCUGGUCUCCGAGUGGUGAUUUGAAUUCUCAAGAGCCAACUCCCGAGGAGGCCACAAGAGAACGCGUCAACGUGACAGCACUUAGGAACGUCUUUUUCCAUAACUCUUCAACCUGCGCAGAUCGAGACAAGCGUCUGCCGGUGAUAGAGGAGCCCUUUUCGAUUACGUUCCAGGCGAACGAAGUACACAUCGGCACGCACGAGGUCGAGCCGGCCGUCGAAGUUAAGUCGGACGAAAAUUUCAAUUGCUAAAUUGUAUAAAAUGAAAUAAUAAUAAUAUGAAACAGAAAACAUAA